CAAGAGUGCGUGAAUCCUGGCCUUUCUAGGUUAGGGGGAUGGAUGGAGUCUAGCUGGACUUUGGAGGCCAUCUCAGCCCCUGUUGCCAAGGCUCCCCUUGUGAUCCUUGUGGUGGCCUUUGCUUCCCAUCGAAGCUCGCAGCGAGGGCGCGUUCUUAGACGGAAUCUUCAGGGUGCGCGGGGGGGCCCUUACGUUUCAAACCUCCGCCGGCGCGGGAACUGGGAGUCCAGGGCUCCAGCCCGGGGACCCGAGGCCGGCGACAGACAGCGGAAGGGCGGAUUCCCCAGAGGCAGGAACUCGGUCCAGUGACUCGCCCGAGGCGGUCAGACCCGGGGCAGGGGCGCCCCGAGGGCCCCGCAAGGCCCCCUAAGAGCCCCAAGACGCGGCGCGCAGUGAGUGGGGAGUGGUUGGCCGGCGCCCCGCGGCGGCUCACAGCUCCCGACAGCCACGAUGCCGCCCACGACGGCGGUGACCACAGUCUCCCUCCGGGAGCUGGCGGACCUCUCCAUCGGCACCCCGGAGGUGGGCGCCGUCAACUUCACCGCACUGCACACGCUCAUCGUGGCCAUGCUCAAAAACCUCGACCUCCAAAAUACCCAGAUCGACUUCCAGACCCCGUCGGCCCAGCCCAGCCAGUCGCCGCAGCCCUCCCGGGGCUCACUCAGCACCCCGAACCUGCCUGCGCCCAAGGAGGCGCCUAAGGAGGCACCCCGGGAGAAGCGCAGGAGCGUGACCCGGGCGCCCCCGUCGGCCCUGGAGAGCCAGGUGAAGGACCUGGGCGGCCAGGUGGAGGACCUGAGCAAGCAGCUCAAGCGCAUGGAUGGCCAGGUGCAAGGCAUCGCCACGCAGGUGCAGCACUUCUCCCAGGCCACCGGGCUCCACCUGGCCGUGCCAAAGUGGCUGGAGGAUCAGGAGGUGGACGCGCGGGGGCUGGAUAGUAUGCAGACUGGGAGUAUCAAGAAGGACACCACCGCCGAGGAGCUCAGCAUCGCCAGGGUACUUUUACAGCGGGUUGAUGAACUAGAGAAGCAACUGAAAGAUCGGGAACAAUUCCUGGAACUGGUCAGCCGGAAGCUCAGUUUGGUUCCUGGUGCAGAAGAAGUCACCAUGGUCACCUGGGAAGAGCUGGAGCAGGCGAUUACGGACGGCUGGAGAGCCUCACAAUCGGGCUCAGAAACACUCAUGGAAUUUUCUAAGCGCAGAGGGUUCACCUCCUUAACAUCAUCUGAUGCGACUCUAAGCAGAGCACCUACCAAGCAACCAAGUAUUGACCAGGCUCUGGAUUCUGCCAGGGGUCUUGGCCCGGAUCAGACUGCAUCAGGGUCUAGUGGCACAGCACACCCCUCUGAUGGGGUGACUGGCAGGGAACAAAGCAGGCCCCCCACUGGUGCUGGUAGACAGCAGCAGCCGAGGGCCCGUGAUGAGGCUGACAUGCCACAACUCCAUCCGUCUUCUGUAUUCCGAUUCAAAUUAGACUCCGAUCGUCAACGAAGUAAAGAGAAGCUUACCUCGACACAUCCAAGAAGAGAUGAACAAGAGGCACGUCCUGGCCCAGCUCAACAGGACUUAACCUUGGCCAGUGGCCAGCCCAGCAGGGUGCCCACUAGCCAGAGUCAGGUCCGUGCAAGGCCAGAUCGCCAUGGGUUAGAACCAACUGGCGUGGAUCAGCCUGGAUUCAUGCAUGCUAGCACCUACCCGCAUGGUGCGGUCCCCCUCAACAUGGGUCAGCUUGGUGUACUGCCACCUGAAAUGGAUGAUCAGGAACUGGUACCACUUGUCAUGGAUCAGAAAGGUAUGGUGCCACUAUCAGUACCUGGCAGAGACCAGCAAGGAUUGGAACUACCUAGCACAGACCGGCAUGCUGUGGUUCCACUCAGCCCAUACCAGCCUGGUGUGACACUUCCUGGCACAGACCAACGCAGUAUGGAACCACUUGCCACGGAUCAGCAUGGAUUUGUAAUAUCAGUCAUGGGUCAGCAAGGACUGAUACCCCCUGAUAUGGACCAACAAGGAUUGGUAUGGCCUGGCAUAGAUCAACAUGGACUGGUUCCACCUUUUACAGACCAGCAUGGUGUGGUACCACCUGGUUUGAUACCAAUUAGUGCAGAUCAGCAAGGUUUUGUGCAGCCCAGUUUGGAAGCAACUGGCUUCAUACAACCUGGCACAGAGCAGCAUGAUUUGAUCCAGUCUGGCAGAUUUCAGCAUGGUUUGGUGCAGCCUGGUGCAUAUCUGCCUGGCUUGGUCUGGCCUGGAAUGGAUCAAUCUGGUUUGGUCCAGCCUGGCACAGGUCAGCAUGGUUUGGUCCAAUCUGGUGCAGGUCAGGGUGGUUUGGUACAGCCUGCUGUAGAUCAGCCUGGCAUGGUCCAACCUGGUACAGAUCGGAUUGAUGUGGUACAGAUUGGUGCAUAUCCACCUGGUUUAGUCCACCCUGGCAUGGAUCAGCAUGGUCUGGUACAACCUGGUACAUUUCCUAGUGGCUGGAUACAGCCUGACGUGUAUCUACCUGGACUGGUACAGCCUGGUACAUAUCCACGUGAUUUGGUACAGCCUGGUGCAGAUCCACGUAGUUUGGUCCAACCUGGAAUAGAUCAACAUGGUUUGGUUCAGCUAGGAGUUGAUCAGAGUGGUUUUGUGCAGCCUGGCAUAGAUCAGUUUGGUUUGUUCCAGCCUGGUACAGAUCAGUAUGGUGUGAUCCAACCUGGAGGUCAGCGUGACUUAGCACAAGCUGCUGCAGAUCAGCGUGAUUUGGUGCAACCUGGUAUAGAUCAGCGUGGUUUGGCACAAGCUGGUGCAGUUCAGCCCGGUUUGGCACAAGCUGGUACAGUUCAGCCCGGUUUGGUCCAACCUGGUGCAGUUCAGCUUGGUUUGGUCCAACGUGGAGUGGAUCAGCGUGAUUUGGGACAAACUGGUGCAGUUCAGCCCGGUUUGGCCCAACCUGGUGCAGUUCAGCCUGGUUUGGUCCAACGUGGAGUGGAUCAGCGUGAUUUGGCACAAACUGGUGCAGUUCAGCCUGGUUUGGCACAACCUGAAGUGGAUCAGCUUCAGCGUGGUUUGGCUCAACCUGGUUCAGUUCAGCGUGGUUUGGUCCAACCUCUUGCAGUUCAGCCUGGUUUGGUCCAACCUGGAGUGGAUCAGCAUGGUUUAGCACAAACUGGUGUAGUUCAGCGUGGUUUGGCACAACCUGGAGUGGAUCAGCGUGGUUUGGCACAACCUGGUGCAGUUCAGCGUGGUUUGGCUCAACCUGGUUCAGUUCGGCGUGGUUUGGCACAACCUGGAGUGGACCAGCAUGGUUUGGCACAACCUGGUGCAGUCCGGCCUGGUUUGGGCCAACCUGGAGUAGAUGAGCGUGGUUCGGCACAACCUGGUGCAAUUCAACAUAGUCUGGCACAACUUGGUGCAGAUCAGCCUGGUUUGGCACAAUCUGGUGCAGUUCAGCGUGGUUUGAUCCAACCUGGAGUGGUUCAGCAUGGUUUGGUGCAACCUGGAAUGGAUCAGAGUGGUUUGGUCCAACCUGGUGCAGAUCAGCCUGGUUUGGUCCAGCCUGGUACAGGUCAACUUGGUACGGUGCAGCCUGGAAUAGAUCAGCAAGGUUUGGUGCAACCUCAGGCAGAUCCACGUGGCUUGGUACAACCUGGUGCCUAUCCUCCUGGUUUGGUACAACCUGGUCCAGAUCCUCGUGGUUCAGUCCAGCCUGGCGCACAUGUGCAUGAUUUGUUUCAACCUGGGACAUACCCACGUGGUCUGGUGCAGCCUGGAGUGGAUCAGUAUGGUUUGAGACAACCAGGUGCAUAUCAUCGAGGCUCGAUGGCACCAGCCACAGAGCUUCGUCGCUCUUCAACAUUCCAGGCGGAUCCUACAGGUUUUAUAUCAGCACGUCCAUAUCCACAUGGUGUGGUACCUCCUAGCAGAGAACAGCACGGCCAGGUGUCACCACUCCUAGCUACUCAAGGUUUGGCAUCACCUGGUAUAGACCGAAGGAGUUUGGUACCACCAGAAACUUAUCAGCAAGGUUUGAUGCAACCUGGCACCCUGAUACACCAGCGUGGCCCAACACCAGUGAGCACAGACUUGGAAUCUACACGCCCAGAUCAGCAGCAUUUGACAUCACGUGGCCCAGGUGAGCACGACCAGGUACACCCAGAUGCAGCUCAGCGCAGCCGUGCUUUCUCUCUUGCAGACAGCCGUGAUUUAACGCAUCCUAGCUAUGGUGGCCCAAGGUACCUAAGUGCUGAUCAGCAUAGCCAGGAAGGUUUGCUUCCAAUUAGAACGCAAUCCUCAGACCAGCCUGGAAUUGCUGCCCAGGUGGCCCCAGGCCAAGAUACCAGCCUUUUCAGGAGUCCAGACUCCCUCAGCCGAGUGUCAUCACAAAGGAGCGAAGUGUUGAGUGAGGUCCCGAGUGUGCACCGUGAUUCACUGGGUAGAAUGAGCUCUAGUUUCCCCACAGCAAUGGAAACGUUUCGUCUGAUGGGAGAGCUCAGCGGCCUCUAUCUGGAGCUAAAGGAGAGUAUGAAGGAUCUGGAUGAGGAGGAGACUGGCCAAACCGAGAUGGAGAAGAUACAGUUCCUGCUGGCGAAGAUGGUCAAAAAGAUCAUCCCUCCUGACCUGCAGGAACAGGUGAAGACUGUAAAGACUUUAGCCAAAGAAGUUCGGCAGGAAAAAGNNNAGGUGGAAAGGCUGCAAAGGAUCCUGGAGGGGGAGUCAGGGAAGGAACUGAAAGCUGGCGACCUGAGCUUGCAGCUGGGUGUCCUCAGAGUCACCGUGGCUGACAUCGAGAAGGAGCUGGCCGAGCUGAGGGAGAGCCAAGAGACGGGCAAGGCCGCCAUGGAAAAUUCUGUCUCUGAAGCCUCCCUUUACCUGCAGGACCAGUUGGACAAGCUCAGGACAAUCAUCGAGAGCAUGUUGGCCUCCUCCUCCACACUACUGUCCAUGAGCAUGGCCCCGCACAAGGCCUACACCUUGGAUCCUGGCCAGAUCGACCCUCAGGCCACCUGUCCAGCUUGCAGCCUGGAUGUGAGCCAUCAGGUCAGCACACUGGUGCAGCGCUAUGAGCAGCUCCAGGACAUGGUCAACAGACUGGUGGUCUCCCGGCCCUCCAAGAAGGCCAAGCUCCAGAGACAGGACGAGGAGCUGCUGGGCCGCGUGCAGAGUGCCAUCCUGCAGGUGCAGGGCGACUGCGAGAAGCUCAACGUCACCACCAGCAACCUCAUCGAGGACCACCGGCAGAAGCAGAAGGACAUUGCUAUGCUGUACCAGGGUCUGGAGAAGCUGGAAAAGGAAAAGGCCAACAGGGAGCACCUGGAGAUGGAGAUCGAUGUGAAAGCUGACAAGAGUGCUCUGGCCACCAAAGUGAGCCGUAUCCAGUUUGAUGCCACCACAGAGCAGCUGAACCACAUGAUGCAGGAGCUGGUGGCCAAGAUGAGUGGGCAGGAGCAGGACUGGCAGAAGAUUCUGGACAAGCUGCUCACAGAGAUGGACACCAAGCUGGACCGCCUGGAGCUGGACCCACUGAAGCAGCUGCUGGAGGAUCGGUGGAAAUCGCUGCGACAGCAGCUCAGAGAGCGCCCUCCGCUCUACCAGGCAGACGAGGCGGCCGCCAUGCGGAGGCAGCUUCUGGCACAUUUCCACUGCCUCUCAUGUGACCGGCCCUUGGAGACAACCGUGACCGGACAAGCCAUUCCCGUGACCCCCGCAGGUCCGGGCCUACCCGGGCACUGUUCCAUCCGCCCCUACACGGUAUUUGAACUGGAGCAGGUCCGGCAGCAUAGCCGCAACCUCAAGCUGGGCACUGCCUUCCCUCGGGGUGACCUGGCGCAGAUGGAGCAGAGCGUGAGGCGCCUGCGCUCCAUGCACUCCAAGAUGCUGAUGAACAUCGAGAAGGUGCAGAUCCACUUCGGAGGCUCCACCAAGGCCAGCAGCCAGGUCAUCCGCGAGCUGCUGCAGGCCCAGUGCCUCACCUCCCCAUGCUACAAACGGGUGACAGAUAUGUCCAAUCAUACCUACUCAACUGUGCCCCGGCGCUGCGGGGGCAGCCACACCCUCACCUACCCCUACCACCGCAGCCGCUUGCAGCACCUGCCCCGGGGUCUGUACCCCACCGAAGAGAUCCAGAUUGCCAUGAAGCAUGAUGAGGUGGACAUCUUGGGCCUGGAUGGCCACAUUUACAAGGGACGGAUGGACACAAGGCUGCCAGGCAUCCUCAGCAAAGACAGCUCAGGGACCUCAAAGCGCAAGUCCAGGCAGCCCCGGCCGAAUGGGCACAGGCAGCCAUCCCUCAGCACCAGUGGCCAGCUGCCCUCUCGGCCUCAGAGCGCCCAGAUGUCGGCUGGCAACACCCCAGUUUUUUUGCAUCAACAGAAAGACAGACCUUCCUCUGAUGGGCGCCUCCCCCUGCCGAACACAACGAACCUGCUCAGCCCCACUGAGGUGGCAAACGGGGGACCAGAGAGGCACGUGGACGUGCUUCCUGGGGAGGGGCUCGAGGAGCCCACCCGGGGGCCGCGAUCCACCAAUGCUCAGUGAGCAGAGGUGUAAAUAAACGUUCAGGAGGAAGCUUUGGCGUGGCGAAUCUUCUCUGACAGGAAGACGGAGGGAGAGGGAAGUGCCCACUGAUGGCCAGGCAGCCCCCCACGUGCCUCCAGACACUCCCAGGCCCGCCUGCUCAGCAGACCUUCUCUUGGACAGCAGGUCUGGUUUGUAGCCUGAGAGUAAGUCCUCAGCCUCUGUUCUCUGAGGGCGCUGGGGCUUCGGGAAGGCUGGACAUUGCGCUGGGGACAGGGAGACUCGGGGCCCUGGGACCGGCUGGGCUUGCUCUCACCCCACCAGCUCUCUCCUGACCUUGGCUAGACCCAGGGUGCUGUGCCUUCUGGCUCUAGACCUGCCUUCUCCACUGGGGGGCUGGGGCUGUGCAGUCAGUGUCCAGCACUCUGCGGGUGAGGGUGGCAGCUGCCUGCUUGCUCUUGCUGCUGGCUCAAGGUGGUUCCUGACACCUGGCAUGGGAUUCCAGGGAAGCAGUGCCAAUGGCCGGAGGCGAACCCCUGCAGCACACUGGGACAGUUUGUUUGCUGCCCUCCACUGCUGUCCCUUGAGUGGGCUGCGGCAGAGACAGGCAGGGCCUGAAGGCUCAGACCACGGGCUGCCAUGGCUGUGGCCCAGUGUCCCCACCCCUCCUCCCCAGGAAGAUACAGAGCAAAAACAUCAGGCGCGUGGAGGGUGGUGUGAGCCCCCUGCUCGGCGCGAUUUGCUUCCCUCCGCUGUAGCCCCCGACACCUGCAGGCAAGGGACCGCAGGUGAGGGGUCAGAGGCGUGCAGGUGGGACUGAGCUCGGGCCAGUGCAGCAACUGUCAGGGACGAGCCUCCUUCAUGGCUGCAACCCACUUGAAGCUCCAGGGACCCAGGGUCUCUUGACCUCCCGAGCUUGGGCUUCAGCCAUAUUCUAGGGGUCCCCCAUUAGAUUAAAGUGGUCCCCCACGCUGAGGUUUAUAAAGCCCUGAAAUCACCAAGGCCUGCCUGCCCAGAGGCUCCCCCCUCAGAGAAAAGGAAGUGCUUGGAGUUGAGAAUGGGGCUCCCCCCACCCCCAGUUCCCAUCACCCCAGCAUGGGAAAGGGAUUUCUGGGGCAAGAAGCUCGCUUUGGGGUGUGAGGAGACAGAUCACACAGGAAAGGAAAGUGUGGCGAGAAACAGCCCAGAAACAGGUUUCUGGCCCCUGACCCUGGUAUGGGUAAAGUGGGGCGGGCUUGGCUGGGUGGGUGCUCCCUCUGGCUUGCUCUGCGGAGACCCAGCAAAUCUUCAUGUCAUGAGGUCGUGCUCAGGACUGCACAGAAGGAGCUGCUCAGACAGCGGAGU